AUGGGCUCGGAAUACCAGUUUGAGUACCCCGAGGUCGAGGAGGGCGCGCCAUUGCUGCCCGAUCUCGACCAAUCCGAUGCCCCGUAUAAAGUCAUCUUGAAGACGGGGAAUAUUGUUGUUGAAUAUUUGGGUUCGGAUUCGGAUCGGGAGGUGGGUGGUUCGGUACAGACACAGACACAAGCAGCGGUUCGCAACCGUCGCUGGAGAGUCUCCAGCGAAGAACUGAUGCGCAACAGCCCGUAUUUCGGGGCGCUGCUCGACCCGGAGAAAUUCAGAGAGGGGAGACAGUUUCUGCAGCGGAAGAUGAUGGUUCAUCGAGGGGGUUUGACGUCUGAGCCGGGCAAUAGUAAUGGACAUGCUUUCGACGAUGAGCAAAGCCCUCCUCCUUUUACCCCGGACCCGGAGGUCAAGUACCUCCCGGUCAUCGCACUACCGAGUCAACACUUCUCCGCAAAGCUGGGGGUAGAUGCCAUCGAGCUGUUUCUGGAGAUCCUGUGCUUCCGGUCGUUUGACGAAGAGCUGAAGGCCCAGUUCAACGCGAAGCUGAAGGUCCUGCCUGUUUCGCUGAUCGCCAGACUGCUGGAGUUGGCGGAUGCGUUCAAUUCUCCGCUUGUUGUCCGGGAUACUCUCAAGCGUGCUGGCUAUGCGUUUGGGAAAGGGAAGUUCACGCCCUCGAAGUUCGAUCCCUCCCUGCUUAAGCUGAGCGAGGAUCGCAUCCGGCAGACGAUCUUUGUCGCUCGGAUCUUGAAUGAGCCUGUUAUCUUUCAGGUCAUGACACACGCUCUCUUGGUUAUGGGGUCUAAGGCCUGGGUCAAUGGUGUUGAGCGGCCUGAUUGUCCUGUUUUUCCGUGGCGGUAUCUGUCUAAUGGGAUAGAAGAGGAACUCUACUUCCGCCGACAAUGCGUGCUCAACACGAUCACCGACCUACAAGCCUACUUCCUCCGAGCCUACGGGGGCCUGGAAGACCCAGACCCCAAGCCCAGACCCCCAGCCCCAGGCAAACCGUCCCUGUCAGUCCCCCUUACGACGCUGCAACCCCGCCUCUUCCAAUGCCGCUACGCCUACGGCAACUCCAGCGCCUGCGACGCCUUCCACCUCGGCCAAAUGACGCGCUUCUUCUCCCUCCGCACCAAGACCAUCUUCCUAGGCUCGACCCUCAUCGACCCCGACUUCGCCCUGGACCCCUCUGAUGAUGACUCGGAUGAUGAACCGGACCACUUCGACUCAGAUCCCCAUUCCCAACACCCCCCAACAGACAUCACCGCCAUCCUGGCCGCCCUCAAACAAUGUCCCGACUACCAGAUCGACCCGAACCAUAUUGGCUGCGGCGUGAGGCGCAGGUUCACGCCCCCGUUGGACUGUAUCGAGCGUUUUGUGGGUGAUGGGAGGGGGUUACUGGGGGUUGAUAUUCUGAGCUGGCCUUCGAUUUCCUCCACCACCACCACCACCACCAGUAACAACACCAGUAACGACAUUAACAUCCCCAUCCCCAACAAUAGAACCCCAACCUCCUGGACAAACCGCACCCUCCCACGAGCGCACAUCAUCGACAUCCGCUUCUCCAGAAUCAACGCCAUCCCUCUUCUCUCCCGCGGCACAUCCACAUCCAGAAAUACAACUACAUCUACAACCCCCCGCCUCUCCCCCUCACAAGAAGAAAACGCCCGGUUGCUAUUCACCGCCAAGAAACGUAACUGGGAGGCUUGA